AUGCCGCGCUUGAUGCAGCUCAUGUCGGCAUUCCUGGCUGCUGGGCUCCCACAGCCAGAGCCAGGCGAAAGCUGCAAAGAUGACGAGUUCACUGUGCGUGUUCAACAUGGCCUAGCGGGAGCGCUGCUUGGGGAUUCCUUUGCUUGGAACCAUGAGCAAAGCGAUGUGUUUCUUUCGGAUUUGUCUGAACAGGAGCACAGCUGCCACGGCUUGGAGUUGUUGCACGCGCUGCGCUUUGUGUCGCUGGAGGGCUUCGAAUUCCGCCGUUUCUCCCAAUCUUGGAGGAGUUGGGCAGACUUUAUGCAUGAAGCUGAGCCAGACCGAAGUUGGAGUCCUGGUAGCGUGGAGGCAUUGAGCUUGCUGGAGCAGGGAGCAGAGCCAGAGGCGGUAGCUGGGCAUUACGUCGACUUAGAAGCUGCGGCCCGUAUACCAGCAUUGCUGCUUUUGGCUGAGCAUGCGGAUGACAAUGGCUUGGUCAUGGCAUCGCAGGAAAUGCAGAGAGUCACACAUGAAAAUCCCAAGGUGCUGCAGUUUGGAGACUUCGUCCUCCGUGCCGCCCUGGCGUUGCUCCGGUCGCGGAAGCCCUGCAGCAGUGCAGAGCGCCAAGCCACGAUGAUUUCCGCGCUGCGGUCAGCGGCACAGGGUGCGAGCUGUGAGCAUUUCCAUGGCUUACUGGACGAGGUGUUGACGGAAGUUCAAAGUCGAGCAUCCAUCCUCUCUGUCACGGGUGAGCUAAGUGGAUCUCUGGCGACUCUCCAUUCAGACAAAGAGGUCAUUGGUCGUUUGACUGCCAGUGGUGACGCACCGGGCGACGAGGUGCAGAGUGAGAAGACCUCCUUUGCGAUCCCCGCUAUUUUGUGGUUUGUGUUGGCCUAUGACUCGCUCACCACCGCGCUCAAUGCGAGCAACUUGCUAGGUGGAGCGACCACAGGCCGUGCCAUUUUUGUGGCAUUGCUGUUUGCCUGCCGCGAUGGAGUCGAAUCUCUGCCGCUGCAGUUUGAGCAUCUACCGCUCAGCUUCAAGCCCCUUUGGUCUGCACCUGUUCUUCGGCUCUGCUCAAAACCAGGCACUUGCCAUCAACCAGGCAAAGCUCGUCGUUUACACGGUGUUGCAGUCGAUGCCGUAAUCCUGCCAGAGUUUACUUGCACUUCUGGACGCCACUGCUAUCGGAUUUUCAUGCGCUUUAAUGGAAGCGCCUUGCUGGAAAGUAGCAGCCCUGAAGCUCAACCGCUUGAUUGGGAUGAGGAGGAAGAUGGUCCGUGGAGGCCUCCAGACUUGGCAGCCACCUGUUUAGCUCGAUAUUUUCAAUUUGCCACCGUCAGCGGCCGCCAUGCACCUUUCGGCCUUUGGCCAGCCAAUGCCAUGUGUCAAUUGUCCGAGGAGUUUCCUGUGUGGCACGACUCCUUUGAGGUGUCAGUUCCCGAGCCACUUUCUGGACUGAUCGGGGGUGCUGUGCUGCGGGCAGGCCGGCACCGGGUGGAUGCCAAAUUGCCCAGCCUGUCGAUGGAGCCAAAGCGCCCAGAGUGGGCCAAGCACUGUACUCACGUUGGUCGGGUGAAACUACCCCCAGCUGAGUGGAGCUUUGAUCGAGAGCAGUAG